GUAGCGGUAUUGGUCGGUCGCUUUCCAAGGAAUUCGCCAAACUUGGUGCCACUGUUGUCUUAUGUGAUAUAAAUUCUCAGGAAAAUGUGGAAACGGAGCGGCAGAUCAAAGACUUUGGUGGAAAAUGUUUUCCAUACACCUGUGAUGUCAGCAAGAGAGAAGAGGUGUAUAAAAUGGGCGAAAGCAUCGUGAAUAACGUAGGUCAUGUGACCAUGUUAAUAAACAACGCAGGAGUCAUGACAACAGGAAAAUCCUUGUUAGGGUGUCCUGACGAAAUGAUUGAAAAAACAUUCAAAGUCAACUUAUUGGCUCAGUUUUGGACUGUCAAGUGUUUCCUACCAGAUAUGCUGAAGAAGAAUCAUGGACACAUAAUUAACAUGGCAUCUUCCACAGGCCUGAUUGGUCUAAAGAACUUAGCUGACUAUUCUUCCAGUAAAUUUGGCGUCGUGGGAUUUACAGAGGUCUUGAACUAUGAAUUGGCAUUUUCAGGACAUGAUGGUGUUCACACUACUCUUCUCUGUCCUUCGUUUACAGAGACUGGUUUGUUCGCAGGCUGUAAAAUGAGGUUUCCAUCGGUGAUACCUCCCCUAGCAACAGAGGAAGUGAUGGAAAUGAUAGUUCAGGGCAUUUUAACCAAUCAAAAUGAAGUUUACAUUCCACGAUUAAUUUACACUUUUAGUUUUAUCAAAUCAUUCAUGCCUGUGAAAUGUAUGUUACAUAUCCUAAAUUUUUUUGGUGCAGAUACCUUCAUGGAUAAUUUUGUUGGAAGAGAGAAAUCCAAAAUGGAGGCAAAUGGAACUUGCUCUCAAAAAUAA